UCACCUCUUUCCUCCCUCAUCACAUCCAGCACAUCUGCGUGAACAUUUCGACUCCGAUGGAGGAAGCCGCACAAAGAUAAUCAUAAUUCUGGGCAGACCUGGUAAAUUCCCCUUUGCAGCUGCUUGCAGAAAUAUAGAGGAAGGAGUUUUACAGUAACAUACAUACAGAUCCUCCAAAGGCAAUACCAUCACUGGCUUCUGCUGCCGCCACAAAAUGCUGUUUACUCUUGGACUUCUCCUCCUUCUCACCCCAUUCCCCUCCUUUCAAACCACGACCAAUGAGAAGGGAAACUCAACAGGAAGUGAUAUGACCAAACCGAAUGCUGUUUUAACCCCUUCAAAACCAAAAAGCACUUCAACUCCUGCCAAACAGACUAUUCGCCCCACCCUAAAACCAAUCACAGUCAAUCAGACACCUUUGCCCACUCCAACCACCAACCAAAAACCUCCAACAGUCAAUGCUACAGUUGCAACCAAAAGCAAAGUCAGCCCAGGAGUAAUUCAAACCGCAGUAGUAAAGAUCCACACAGCCAGUGGCACCAUCAACAAAGACAAGCACACAGUUGCAGUCAAUCAGACAGUGUUAACAAAAUCGCCUUCAGGUAGUGAAGUGAAGGCUAAUAAAGACAAGCCUGUCCCCACUGGAGCUUCAAAUGUUCAUUCAGCAUCCACAAAGUCUGCCUCAGCCAGCAGCGCUAAGACCACCAAAGACAAGCUCCAACCUUCUGUCAAUCAGACUAUUUCAGUAAAAUCUCCUUCAACCAGUGAUGGGAAGAUUGCCAAAGACAAGCCUGCCUCCCCCAUAGUCCAAAAUGUUCCGUCAACAUCCACUAAGUCUGCUCCUGCCAGUGAUGCUACAACCACCAAAAACAAGCCUGUGACCUCUGUCAAUCAGACUGUUGUAGUUAAAUCUCCGUCCACUGUUGAGGUGAAACACUCCAAAGACAAACUUGUUGCCUCUGUCAAUCAGACUGUUGUAGUUAAAUCUCCCUCCACUGUUGAGGUGAAACACUCCAAAGACAAACCUGUAGCCUCUGUCAAUCAGACUGUUGUAGUUAAAUCUCCCUCCACUGUUGAAGUGAAACACUCCAAAGACAAACCUGUAGCCUCUGUCAAUCAGACUGCUGUAGUUAAAUCUCCCUCCACUGUUGAAGUGAAACACUCCAAAGACAAACCUGUAGCCUCUGUCAAUCAGACUGUUGUAGUUAAAUCUCCCUCCACUGUUGAGGUGAAACACUCCAAAGACAAACCUGUAGCCUCUGUCAAUCAGACUGUUGUAGUUAAAUCUCCCUCGACUGUUGAAGUGAAACACUCCAAAGACAAACCUGUAGCCUCUGUCAAUAAGACUGCUGUAGUUAAAUCUCCCUCCACUGUUGAGGUGAAACACUCCAAAGACAAACUUGUGGCCUCUGUCAAUCAGACUGUUGCAGUUAAACCUCCCCCCACUGUUGAAGUGAAAAACCCCAAAGACAUGCCGGCUGCUAAUGCAGUUCACACUCCUCUGUCAACACCAGCAAAGGCUGCUGCAGCAUCAGCAAGUGGCAAUGCAGCUGACAAAGUAAAGGUCACAGCUUCUGCUAAUCGGACCACUGUAACCAAGGCUCCCAUCAACACCAACACCACCCAAGAAAAGCCUGCCCCUUCACAACCCCUGAAGGUGGUGAUCAGUGAUGGCUGUGACUCAAACAAAGCCAAUGAGCGGGAGCUGAAGGUGAAGCCUGGCACGCCUCUGGUGAUGACGCAUAGGAUAAGCUUGAUGCCCGGUGGGUGCGAUGGGCGAUGUGAAACUGAGUUGGCUGCACUGAUUGGACGAGUGGCCCGACUGGAAAAAGAGAUGUCCCAGCUGAAAGAUAAUUGUCCAUGUUCUACAAAUUGUCCACAUGACUGUAGCGGAAAUGGGGAAUGUGAGAAGGGUAAAUGUAUCUGUCAUCAGGGGUUCGUGGGUCCAAACUGCAGUAAGUGUGCCCAAGGAAUCGAAUGUAACAAAAAAACUACCAAAGGUAAAGCCAAGGAAACAGUUGAGGCAGUGACCCUACAGAAAAUGGACCAGAAGAAAGAAACUGAAGCUAAAGAGUCUGACGGCAAACUGAAAGUGACCACUAUUGCUAAACUAGCUCCUGUUAAAACACAAGCACAACAAGAAGUUUCUGUCAAGAAAAUAACAACAAAAGGUUCCCCAAGUGUCACCAAGACCAGUCGCCCAACGGUUGCUCAAGCUCUCCUGAAACAUGAGGGAAGAAAGCAAGAAGAGGCCCGCAAAGGCAAAAUAGUCCUGGCCUCUAAAAAGGUUCUCCAAAAAACUGACCUCAAAAUUGUUAAGGUAGGAACUGCCAGUAAAAUGUACCGGAAACCUGACCAACUGAAAGAUGAGCCUCAAACCAAUGUAACUCAGGCUAAGGUCAAUAAAUUUAAUGUCACAGCUAAAAUUGUGACUAUUUUGUCCAAGAGCAUGGGAACAAACAAAACCAGAGCAGGGAAGGAGACCCUGGAACAGUCCACACUGGCUGAUAAGAAUGCAACUCAGUCAUCUGGACCUAAACAAAUCAAGACAAUUAAAGUAGAGAAUAUGAAUGUGCAAUCUAGUGUCAACAGAAACAAUGAAGCUGCAAUGGAGAAAGUUACACAGAGGAGUCAGUAUGUAGUGAAUGCAACCAUUGCUGCAACGACAGAUGAGGCCCGAGCUCUGCUAAACAAAACAGGUAUUCAUGGCCCUGGGAUGAGCAGGAGGGUAGGUGGAUCUGGAUUAGGCUCUGUGAAGAUUGUGAACAUCUCUUCCUCCAGUUUUACCCUCACAUGGUUAGCACCACAAAGGAUGUUCAAAAAUUUCUCUGUGAUCAGAAGAGAGCCUCGCACAGAGGGCGAUGAAGAUGACCAUGAGGACUUUGAAGAGGAACCUCUUAGAUUAGACAAGGCCUCUGUAGUUAAGAACCCAGCUGAGGUCCAGGUACAGACUGAGAGCCCAGAAACAUCUAUUUCCUCUGGUAAAAUUACUGGAUCAAGAGGUAAAACUGAAACCAAGAGGAUCUCCAUGGUGGUUCCUGGCAACGUACGCUCUGUGGAAUUCAGUAACCUCCGGGCUAACACGCGCUAUUCCCUGUACAUAUAUGGUACCAGUGCUGAGAGACAAUCAAAGAUGCACAGAGUUGUUGCAGUUACUGGUCCUGAGCCAGCCACAAAGAUGGUUUUCAGCAAUGUAACUGAGUCUUCUGUCACUGUGGCCUGGACCAAACCAAAGACCACAUUCACAGGCUUCAGGGUCACCUAUACCAACAUUAUCACAGGGGAGAGCCGUUUUGUUGUCAUGGACUAUCAGCAGUCUUAUAUCGUCUUGUCCAAGCUGUCUGCUGGAUCCUCCUACAUUAUUUCUGUAACUACAACACAAGGCAGAGGCCAGAGUGAUGCCCUCAUGUCCAUAAUCACCACAGUGCCCGCCCCUCCAACACAUCUACAAGUUGCCAAUGUGACAGACACCAAAGCUGUGCUGCAGUGGACACCCAGUCUGGGGAAAGUAGACCGCUUCAUUAUCAGCUAUGAGUCCUCCAAGACUCCUAAUGUGACAGUGACAGUGAUGCUGUCUGGUAACUCAGUAGAGCACCAGCUGAAAGGUCUGCAAAGAGGCACCUUGUACAGAGUCAAAGUACUGAGCCAGAAGGACAGUCUCCAGAGCAUGGCCAUCUCAACUACCUUUACCACAGCUAAUGUGGUUAAAGCCAGCGAGGUGGGCGCUCGCUCUGCAGUGAUAACUUGGAAACAUUUCGCUGUUGUCUAUCACAGCUACAGAGUGAUUUAUCAGAUGGCAGGGGGAGAGACAAGGGAAGUGAUCCUGGACUCAACGGUCACUGAGUAUAAGUUGACGGGGCUGUUGUCCAUGUCACGCUAUACAAUUCUGGUACAAGGCGAGAGAGAUGGACACUACACAUCUCUUGUGACAACAGAAUUCAUCACAGGAAAACUCCGAUUCCCUUUCCCAACUGAAUGCUCUCAGGAGCUGCUGAAUGGUGCUCUGCAGUCUGGGGAAGUGGACAUUUACCCACAAGGAAAAGAAGGACAAGCUGUCAGAGUCUACUGUGACAUGGAGACUGAUGGAGGUGGCUGGACGGUGUUUCAGAGGAGGAUGAAUGGAAAGACAGACUUCUACAGAACCUGGACUGAAUACAGAGCUGGCUUUGGAAACCUGAGUGAAGAGUUUUGGCUCGGAAAUGAACUUCUUCACAACCUGACCAGCAUCGGCCCUGUGAGUCUGAGAGUGGAUAUGAAAUCUGGAAAUGAAACAGCUUACGCUCAGUACGCCAACUUCUCUAUUGAUUCAGAGGGGAGGCACUAUAGUCUGACAGUGUCCGGCUACUCAGGCAUUGCAGGUGACUCUAUGAGGUAUCAUAACGGACGCCCAUUCUCAACCUGGGACAAGGAUGCUGAUCCUCUGGGGAUCCACUGUGCCAGGGCCUAUAUGGGAGGCUGGUGGUACAAGAACUGCUACAAGACCAACCUCAAUGGUCUUCAUGGCAUCAACAGCAAUAAUCAGGGAGUAGUGUGGAUAGACUGGAAAGGAAAAGACUCCUCCAUUCCGUUCACUGAGAUGAAGUUCCGACCAUCCCGGUUCUCUCCUGCAACUCAUGGCUAAGGAUUCACACCAAUCUCACAUCUGAUACAUGUGAUACAUAAGUCCAGAGGAGAGUGGACGUCACAGUUGCUGCAUGUCCCUUUCAAAGAGAAAUUGCAGGGGUCUCGACAGCUACAAUGACAGCUAUCACUACAUUUGAUUCAGUGUGUAUAAAUUAUACCUAAAGAGUGGAAAAUGAUUUGUAAUUGCAACUUUUGUAUAUGGUUCGCCUGUUCUGCCUGACCGGCUCAUUUCAACACAGGUUUGACUCUAAUGUCUUGCCAUGCCGUGGUACGCCACUCCACAACUACUGUAAUUAAUAUGCACUGUCUCACACCAUUGGAAUAAAUGUGGCUAUUGUGGGCCUGAAGGGUU